UUUCUCUCCCCUGCAUGCCACCAUGCUUUCUGCUUUAUCACGCUUUUCCCAAUCUCCAGCUUUUUUUCCUUCCCCGCAGCACAAAGCCACAAACUCCUCCUCAAUACCCUUUCUUUCCAUAAUGCUCUCCUCCGCCCCAUCAGACUCAGAGAUCGGCUUCGGCAAAAGAUAGUGAGCGGAAUCAUUCUUCUCCCCGAACGCCGAUCGAAUGGCUAGUUUUGUUUUAGUUUGUCGCUUUAUCUUCGCCUUCCUGCUCCUUGGACUACACGCUUUUCGAUCCUCAGGGACUUUGGUGGGGUUCUCCUACGAUGCAGGAGAAGAGAUUGCCUCUCCUUUGUCUUCCCGAGGGGCGAUCUUUAAGAUUUUCAUGGAGUACCUACCAAGCUCCGACGUCUCUAUGAGCCUCUGCAUGAACCAACACGAACUGAUGCAAAUACUCGAAUCGAAAGACUGGCCGACUCCAUGGCACAGGCAUAAUCUUUUAGCCACUCUGACUGAGCUAAACAUCGAUAGUGUUAUUGUGAGAAGCAAUGGACUCGAUGUUCCUUCACUUAUUUCUGCUUUAACUUCACUGAGAGCUUCCCUGAAGAUCCCUGGUCUUGGUGACUCAACCAGGAUCUCGGUCAUGUUCUCCCUCUCGACCCUCGGGACCUUGCACAGAACACGUCGCAAGAGCCUGCAAGACUUGAUGCAGGUUCUUAAGGAAUGGGAGUCUCGUGUAGUGGUGGAAGCUCCUGUAGUUGGGGAACUGAGCUUAGGAGAUCAGUUUGUUCAUUCAACUGUCAAAAUGGCUCUCUCUUCUUGCACUUAUCUACCUCUCCUUGAUGUUCCUACCAUUCUAGUUCUAAAAAUUUCUGAAAACCCGGAGGAAGUCGAUAUGGUGAAGUUUGUGGACUUGGUGUCCAAGUUCUUGAAAGAAUCUUUGGGUCGAGGAAGGAUUUUUGGGCUAUUCAUUGACCUUUCCAAUCAUAGGCAAUCCAAAGUUGAAACAUUGGGUUUGAAAGAAGAAUUGAAGUUCCCCUCUUCGCAUAGAGUGCUACUUGACCAUGGCCGGAUGCUUGUCACUUCCACGAAAACAACAAUUCACGACAUGUAUCCACCCUUUGCAAAUCCUGUUACUACACCAAUCACAAUCCCUUCCACUAACCCAGCACCUGCAGUAGUCACUGUACCAUCCACGAACCCAGUAACAGUUUUCCCCACAAAUCCAACCGUGUCACCAGUCACAGUCCCUCCAUGGAGUUCAGUGAAUCCAGUGAGCACACCCAUCACAGUCCCUGCAACAAAUCCUUACCCAACACUGCCUGUGACAAAUCCUACCACGACACCGGCAACGUACCCUAUGACUCCUCCUGUCACCAACCCUGCCACAGGUUAUCCAUUUACAUCGCCUGUGACACCCUCUACCGUGCCGCCAUUCACUGUGCCAAGCACAGUCCCCUUCACACCCGCAGUUACAGGGCAGACAUGGUGUGUGGCUAAGUCUGGAGUCACGGACGCUGCACUCCAGAUUGCAUUGGACUAUGCUUGUGGAAUUGUAGUUGCUGAUUGCUCAACUAUUCAGCCAACAGGAAGCUGCUACUACCCUGAUUCGCUUCAGGCUCAUGCCUCAUAUGCCUUCAACAGCUACUAUCAGAGGAAUCCAGUGCCAACCAGUUGUGAUUUUGGAGGAACUGCCAUGCUUGUCAAUGUCAAUCCAAGUUCAGGAACUUGCAAUUAUCCAGCAUCAUCAUCUUCAUCAUCAUCGUCGUCCACAAGUUCUCUUCCUGCAUACAAUCCUUCAUCGACAACCCCUGGUUCAACACCAGGAUCAGGUUCAUCAGUGCUGAACACAAAUAGCCCAAGUGGCUCCAAUUCAAUAUUUGGUUCAAACAACCCAACAAGCACUGCCAGCAAUGCACGAUCUCGAACUCAAUCGGCUCGUUGGACCUACUUAGCCUUUGUGCCCAUUGUAGCUUAUAUCAGCUAUGUUCGGUAGAGUAGUUCAGUUUCAUGUCUUCACUACUGCAGCUGUAUACAUCUGAUUGAUAUCUUAGAGAAGAAACAGGGUUAGUGUAUACAGGGUAGUCUUUUAUGCUUCUUAGAAGUUACUGAUUAAGUUUUAUUGGCUUUCUGUAUGAUAUUGACUUCAAGCAAAGCUAAUGAGUAGUUUGAGUGUAAAUAAUGUUAAGGGUUACUGGUUGACUACUUAUCUAGUUAUCCCAAAAGAUUUAUCUCUUAUGGUGUUCGUUGGGA